AUGAACGAAGCUACACCAUUCCAAGUCCUUACUGUCAAGGCAUCAAUAAAGACAACAGGGUGGAAUCCAGACCUCCUUAGACCUCUACAAGUCCUUGUCGCUAAAGUCCACACAAUUGUCACCCACACUUUCACACUUAUGAGAUACAUAUUUCUUACCAAGUUAUCACGCGAUCCAUUCUUCGAUCUUGACAAAUAUAUUACACAAGAUAUUUUUGCUAAUGUCUUUUUGUUGCUGUUUGAUCAUAGCACUGCCUUCUAUAUAACAGAAAUGACAAGCCAUAGUCAUGAACCAACCAAUGUACCUCCAAGCACUAUUUUUCGUGCUCCCACCUUUCCCUUCGAACCUUCAAACAAGUCGAAAACUCUCGCUAAUAUAGCCCCACCAAAUGGCCAACUAGAUCUUGCUGCUGCACUGAACUUCUGGUAUAUAAUUAACCGACUUAAACAUGGUACUUUUCCUAAUAGAUUUACCCGUACCAUUAAAGUUGUAAGUGCUAGAAGACAAGCAGAAGAAGAUCUCCAGGAGGGUCGUCGUUUGAGACAGACUGAAUAG